AUAACUUCAAAAUUAAGAUGUAAUUAAAGUGCUAUUAUGAGUGAUCACUUUCCUUUUAUGAUUUUUGUCUGCUAAUAAAAAACAGUUCCCCCUUAACGUGUUGUCCCUAGGAUAGAAUACACUGACACUAGGGAAGACUUUCAACAGUUUCCUCGAAAGUUAUGUCAGAUUUAUUACUAAACCACACGCUGUAAGCCACAAAAUAUUCAUAUAUUUUUUGCUUGAGGUGUUGUGGCUUUGCUAAAUAAGCGCAGUCUGUAGCCAUAAACUAGCCCCGCUUUUUGUCUGUUUUUGGAGCCGAGUUAAGCGUCUCUCCCAGUGUACAGAAAUAUACGCGCUCCAGGUAAGAGUUCAACAACAUGUCCGAAUCUUCUGACACCCGCACGAAAACGUUAAAUUUCAACGUCGGCGUGCUCGGACAUGUCGACAGCGGGAAGACGUCGCUCGCCAGGGCGCUGAGCAGCACUGCGUCCACAGCCGCCUUCGACAAGAACCCGCAGUCCCGCGAGAGAGGCAUCACUCUGGACCUCGGCUUCUCCUCCUUCACUGUGGAUCUUCCCGAUCACCUGCGGGACAGCGUGGGAAAGCAGCCAUAUGACAGCCUCCAGUUUACCCUGGUGGAUUGUCCGGGGCACGCUUCUCUCAUUCGGACUAUCAUCGGAGGUGCCCAAAUCAUCGACCUGAUGAUGCUGGUGGUGGAUGUGGUGAAAGGGGUGCAGACUCAGACUGCAGAGUGUCUGCUGAUAGGAGAGCUCACCUGCCCUCGCAUGGUUGUUGUCCUGAAUAAGAUUGACCUACUGCCACCCAACAAGAGACAAAGUGCCAUUGAGAAAAUGACCAAGAGACUCCACAAAACACUGGAAAACACCAGAUUUAAGGAUUGUCCUGUGAUUGCCGUAGCAGCAAAGCCAGGAGGUCCGGAGGCUCCUGACACAGAGGAGCCACAGGGAGUGCCACAGUUAAUAGAGCUUUUAAAGAAACAGACAUACCUACCCAAGAGAGACCCUGGAGGUGACCUCCUAAUGGCUGUGGAUCAUUGUUUCUCUAUCCGUGGUCAAGGAACAGUCAUGACUGGGACCAUCCUGCAGGGGUCGCUGGCCAUUAAUGACACUGUAGAAAUCCCAGCGCUAAAGGUGACCAAGAAGAUAAAGUCGGUGCAGAUGUUUCGGAAGCCUGUGUCUGGGGCCAUGCAGGGGGAUCGGGUGGGUGUGUGCGUAACACAGUUUGACCCUAAACUGUUGGAGCGUGGUGUGGUGUGCACCCCAGAAUCCUUGCGCACGCUCUUUGCAGCUGUCAUCUCUGUAAGGAAGAUAGGCUACUUCAAGGGCUCUCUGUCCACCCGUGCCAAGUUCCACAUCACAGUGGGUCACGAGACAGUCAUGGCAAAGGUGACCUUCUUUGGGCUGCCACCUGCGGGUGCCUCAGAGCCCCCUCCAGACUCUAAACCGCCUCCAUCAGAGCCCUGCUCACUGGAAACCCCGUUCACCUUUGACAGGGAGUACUUCUACCAGGAUGAAUAUGUAACUGGUCAGGGAGAGGGGAGUUCGGGGCCUGACCCAGAGCAGUGGGCUCUACUGGAGUUUGAACGGCCAGUCACGUGCCCUUCUCUCUGUCUAGUAAUUGGGUCAAAGCUAGAUACAGACAUCCACGCCAAUGCAUGCCGGCUGGCUUUCCAGGGCCGUCUGCUGCAGGGGUUUGAAGAUAAAAACUACGCUGAGACCGAUCUACCUCGUCUGCGCAUUUACAAAACCAAGCACAAGGAGGGACAGGUGGAGAGGGUAACCGAUGAUUACACUGUGAUUGGCCGCAGCCUGUUCAAGAAGGAGACCAACCUCCAGCUCUUUGUGGGGUUAAAGGUCACCUUGUCCACAGGAGAAACUGGUGUCAUUGAGGGUGGGUUUGGGCAGAGCGGGAAGUUCAAGAUUCGCAUACAAGAGGGUCUUCGACCAGAAACCAAGCAGCUUUUUUCCUCCACCUCUAAGAAGAAAGGGAAGAGUGUGAGCAAAGGUGGAACUGCAAAUGAAGAGGAGCCCAGAACAGAUUUUCAGCCUGUUAGCAUUCACUUGCAUUUCAAGCGAUAUGUCUUUGAUCCACAUAAAAAGAUGGUUCAGUCUUGACCUCUGCUGCACACGCCAUGUUGCAACACCAGUGACAGAGAGUAAGAUAGAAGUUGUUUGAGAAGUCUUGGCACAAAGAGAGGUGACUACUAGGCUGUGUUAACUCUCAUUGCCUUUCAUUUUUUUCUGGAGAUGGAGACAGUCUGCUGAAAUGCAAUGAUUGUGGAAUGCUAAACGCAUGCGAAGCAGUGAUUGUUUUAUCUCAGUUUAACGAGCUGGAUCUAAUCCUGUUUGCUCCAUCAGAAGGGUGAAAGCUGCUCAACAGAUUUCAAUACGUUUGAUUUAUCUUUGAAAAAAAAAUCAAGGCUUUUGUUCUUCUUUAUUGAUAAAAUCAGAAUUGAAUCAAUCAUUCUGACUAGAAACUAACUUUUCUCUUUGUUGUGUAUGUGUGUGUGUGUUUUGUUUUUUAUUUUAAAUUUAAUCUGAGAACUUGUUGGCAUAAAGACUUUGGCACUGUAGAAAUACUAAACUCACGUUCACUCACAUCUCUGUGCUCAGUGGGUUUGGCUGCAUCUUUAACUAAUCGGUGAUCAGUGGCAGUUUGUAUGAUAUUUGAUUUCUGUUCAUUGAUGAUCUCAGAGAAAUAAAACAAAACUCCUGUUAA